AUGGAUCAAAUUUCAUUUACGCUACUUGGUUUCACCCAACCACAAACUGCCAGGCCAAUUAUCGAAGAUACGCUAAACAAUGCGAAAGGUUUCACUUCGAGGCUCUUAUGGUACUUCCCUACUCCGAUUUUCUGCAAAAUGCAGGAUACAAUGCUAAGUGAAGAGGAGAAAUUAACAACUUCACGUUUUAAGGAUGAGCUAGGUAAGUAAAAUAAGUGCUCUUCUCUUACACAAGAAGUGUUGCACAUACUAGAAACCAUAGCUUGUCCUCAGUUAUCUGUCCUAACCAUGUACUCUCACUUACGUCAACAAUUACUGUAACUUAAAUUUCAUUUGAACUAUAAUAUAGUUCCAUAGUUGUUGCUCGUUCGAUGUCCAAAUUGCGUUGCUUCCUCAAUUUGCAGGCACAGUCGUCGAAAAAAACACGGGCACUGAUGUGCAGUUAACCAUUAAAUAUUGCAUUCAACCCAAUAAAGUUGCACCAGAUACACUAUACAACACUACACAGUUGAGAACAUUGAACUCCCAACCACUCUAUGUUUUGAAGCGCAUACGAAACCAAUUUGCCUAUGAAUCCGAAACAAUUUGCUGACUCUAGCAGACAUUUGCUGAGUUUGUGAUGAAUGGGGGGGGGGGGCAUGUACCUAUGCCCCUGACUAAAUACCAAGCAGACAUACAGAAAUUCAUGCAUCUACUUAUUAAAUCUUUCAAUUAUUUACUACCUUCAACAGUUAAAUUCCUCACUGACUUGUACAUGAAAGGGGAAUCAACUUAUGUGAUUAAGCAGAAUAACAAAAAGACGGAUGUGACAGUAAACAGGGUCCAGUACCAACUAUCGCAAGAAGUGUUGGAAGCAUUUGAGGCGAUCCAUGAUGAUUGGGAACUAAACAUUUGUCAAAAAUAUCUGUACAAUCCAUUGAUCGGAGGUAAAGCACACUACAUUUCCCUUUACCACUUCAUUUGCAUGCUAUACUGCAAAUUAAACCAUGUGGUGCUUUAUGGACAGGCCAUUUAUGCUCUUUCCAAUCGACACCAACUUUUUACAAUAUUCAGUUAGAAGCAUCACACUACCAAAUAAUGCCGUAUACAAUAAUUCCAAUCAUUACAUUUUGUUCUUAUCUUUCAAGGACUUUACUCUAGAGGAAAGUCGCACUUGUUGCGCUUAUCCCUUCCUAUCCAGCUGUUCUGUCCAUUUUACGACAGUUUUCAGGAAAGAGGCGAAGGCAACGAAGGUGAUAACCAUUGUACCAGAGACAACAACAAGGACGAUAAUUCAAAAGAAGACAGCGAAGGAGGUACGGAUUCCUGCGGGGACAACGGCAACUCAUCCAGCAAUGAAAGCGAUGGCGAAGAUCCAAUUGCAAUAGACGAACAUAACACAAAUGGUGGAGAUGAACCAAUAGACGAGCUUAUGGUGGAAAGAGAGAGAAGAGAGAUUAACGCCCCAUCCAUCGCCAUGGCUGCCUCUAUUUUUAAAUGUUGCCUAACGCAAUUAUGUAAGUCAAUAAUUCCUUCACAACUAAUAAUUUUCAGUUAUUCACGAAGACCAUUAUAUCAUAUUUACUGUCUAAAACAACCACGUAAUAAACACACAAUAAAAAUACUGUCAGCAGUUGUGUACAAUUUAGCAACAUACUUGCCACUAACCAAAUUGAAAUACUUGUACAACUUUUCAAAAAACUAAAAGGAAAGGAAAGCAAAAACAGACAUGAAACACAAGAUAUAUAUAAAUAAGUUCCCAAACUUUCAACGACAGUGCAGUGUUGUAAAAGCAAUAAAAAUCAAGUAUAUAAUGUAAGAGUAAAAGGACAAAAAUACAAAGUUCCCACCACGUCUCAUACGAUCUUUUCUAAUUGUUUGCCCAAAAUAUACUCUCUAUGGUCAAUCCGAGUCCGAUACAAUAUGUUGUAAUGCUGUUUCGAAAAUUACAUGCAUUGUAUCAUUUUAUCAGUUCCAAUUCUGUUCAAUUACGUUUCUUAUACUCUCGUUUUCAUACAGGUAUAUUGACGAACAAAGAAUUGAUCCCCAAUUCUGAACCAUGUGAUGACAUCACCCUCCCAAACACAUUACCACAUACAACCCACCAAUCAGAAAUGAAUAAACUCAUUCGCCAAGUUCUGUUAAUAGCUGGAAAAACAAUAAGCUUCUCUCUCCUAACGCAAAAGGGCACCUUCAGAAAAACCAUACACGGACACUCAGGAAAAAACCUCGUACAACACUUGGCCAUUAACAUUCUGCCAAGAGUUCCAAUAGGCCAGGUCCAGGCUAUCACAAUACCAGGGAACAAAACAAAGGUUAUUAUUACAACAUGUAUACACCCUUUUCAUAAAUGGCUACCGAUUAAAAGUUCUUUUAUGUGCAUAUAAAUUGGCCCAACUAGCCUCGUACUCAUGUUAAGAUUUCAAAGGAAUUUCUACCCAGAAACCAGGCUAGUUGUCCCAAUUUAUAUGCAUAUAAAAAAAUUUUAAUCGGCAGCCAUUUAUGAAAACGGUUUAUAGUCUACAUACCUUAUCCAAAAAGUGUCAGCGGCACUUAAAACAGCGUAACAGUAAUUAUACGCAGCUCCGCAUCAAUACCACUGCGGCCUAUGUAUUAAUAAUAAAUUGCCUAAUUGGGACAUUCCUUAAAAUUCACCUUCACAUACUUAAUAAAAAUGUUGUGUUUUUAGUCUUACAAUUCACAUACAUGUUAUGGUAUUGACUCUUCAACACCGUUCCAAAUAAUACAUCUACUCGUUUUAACAAAUUUAAAUCAUCUACUCGUUUUAACAAAUUAACAGGUGUAUUUCUUUGUGAAAGAGGACUCGCCAGAGGAUCAUAGAAGUGAGGCAAGCACUGAUCUAAUUCGUCACCUGGCGAAGAUAGGCAUUGAUAUCAAUGAAUAUACCGACGCCUUCAACACCAACAACAGCGAAAGGUUAGCAUAACAUCCCAAAAAAAUAAUAUGCCUUAAAUAUAUUAUUAAAAGUAUAUAAUUUAUUACUUGUUUUUAUUUUUGAAGGAUAUAUACAAGGUUAAUUUUAUUAAUUUUGUUACGUUUCGGACAUUUUAAAUGUUCAUAAGUGUCGAGUGCAGUACUGGAUGCAAAUGUACUGAGUUUCGAGCAAAACCAUUCUCGUACCCACAGCCCUUCUUACACGCGUUCGACCGAGCACGACGAGGGGCUCUGGCCAAAUCCAUAAGUGCAUACCAUAAAAACAUGGUGAGAAAACAAUAUCUGCUAUUACAACUACCCAAUCACAUGCCAGCACGCCCGAGCUUGGGCCUGGGGACAAGGACGUGUCCUGUACAGUUGCCAGAUCUACAUGUUAUACAUAAAAGCUGUAAAGGCCACUUUCACAGAGAGACAGACAGAUAUUUUAAAGCAUUAUAGAGCACCCAUUAAAUUAUACAAUAUUUUCCCUCAAAACAUUAUAAUACAUUAUAUUAUCCACAUUAUCGUAAACCAAAUACAAAAUAAUACUAACACAAACUCAACAUUUUCAUCUAGUUACUGGCAACGCUAAUUUCCAUAUGGAUCAAAUUUCAUUUACGCUACUUGGUUUCACCCAACCACAAACCGCCAGGCCAAUUAUCGAAGAUACGCUAAACAAUGCGAAAGGUUUCACUUCGAGGCUCUUAUGGUACUUCCCUACUCCGAUUUUCUGCAAAAUGCAGGAUACAAUGCUAAGUGAAGAGGAGAAAUUAACAACUUCACGUUUUAAGGAUGAGCUAGGUAAGUAAAAUAAGUGCUCUUCUCUUACACAAGAAGUGUUGCACAUACUAGAAACCAUAGCUUGUCCUCAGUUAUCUGUCCUAACCAUGCACUCUCACUUACGUCAACAAUUACUGUAACUUAAAUUUCAUUUGAACUAUAAUAUAGUUCCAUAGUUGUUGCUCGUUCGAUGUCCAAAUUGCGUUGCUUCCUCAAUUUGCAGGCACAGUCGUCGAAAAAAACAUGGGCACUGAUGUGCAGUUAACCAUUAAAUAUUGCAUUCAACCCAAUAAAGUUGCACCAGAUACACUAUACAACACUACACAGUUGAGAACAUUGAACUCCCAACCACUCUAUGUUUUGAAGCGCAUACGAAACCAAUUUGCCUAUGAAUCCGAAACAAUUUGCUGACUCUAGCAGACAUUUGCUGAGUUUGUGAUGAAUGGGGGGGGGGGGCAUGUACCUAUGCCCCUGACUAAAUACCAAGCAGACAUACAGAAAUUCAUGCAUCUACUUAUUAAAUCUUUCAAUUAUUUACUACCUUCAACAGUUAAAUUCCUCACUGACUUGUACAUGAAAGGGGAAUCAACUUAUGUGAUUAAGCAGAAUAACAAAAAGACGGAUGUGACAGUAAACAGGGUCCAGUACCAACUAUCGCAAGAAGUGUUGGAAGCAUUUGAGGCGAUCCAUGAUGAUUGGGAACUAAACAUUUGUCAAAAAUAUCUGUACAAUCCAUUGAUCGGAGGUAAAGCACACUACAUUUCCCUUUACCACUUCAUUUGCAUGCUAUACUGCAAAUUAAACCAUGUGGUGCUUUAUGGACAGGCCAUUUAUGCUCUUUCCAAUCGACACCAACUUUUUACAAUAUUCAGUUAGAAGCAUCACACUACCAAAUAAUGCCGUAUACAAUAAUUCCAAUCAUUACAUUUUGUUCUUAUCUUUCAAGGACUUUACUCUAGAGGAAAGUCGCACUUGUUGCGCUUAUCCCUUCCUAUCCAGCUGUUCUGUCCAUUUUACGACAGUUUUCAGGAAAGAGGCGAAGGCAACGAAGGUGAUAACCAUUGUACCAGAGACAACAACAAGGACGAUAAUUCAAAAGAAGACAGCGAAGGAGGUACGGAUUCCUGCGGGGACAACGGCAACUCAUCCAGCAAUGAAAGCGAUGGCGAAGAUCCAAUUGCAAUAGACGAACAUAACACAAAUGGUGGAGAUGAACCAAUAGACGAGCUUAUGGUGGAAAGAGAGAGAAGAGAGAUUAACGCCCCAUCCAUCGCCAUGGCUGCCUCUAUUUUUAAAUGUUGCCUAACGCAAUUAUGUAAGUCAAUAAUUCCUUCACAACUAAUAAUUUUCAGUUAUUCACGAAGACCAUUAUAUCAUAUUUACUGUCUAAAACAACCACGUAAUAAACACACAAUAAAAAUACUGUCAGCAGUUGUGUACAAUUUAGCAACAUACUUGCCACUAACCAAAUUGAAAUACUUGUACAACUUUUCAAAAAACUAAAAGGAAAGGAAAGCAAAAACAGACAUGAAACACAAGAUAUAUAUAAAUAAGUUCCCAAACUUUCAACGACAGUGCAGUGUUGUAAAAGCAAUAAAAAUCAAGUAUAUAAUGUAAGAGUAAAAGGACAAAAAUACAAAGUUCCCACCACGUCUCAUACGAUCUUUUCUAAUUGUUUGCCCAAAAUAUACUCUCUAUGGUCAAUCCGAGUCCGAUACAAUAUGUUGUAAUGCUGUUUCGAAAAUUACAUGCAUUGUAUCAUUUUAUCAGUUCCAAUUCUGUUCAAUUACGUUUCUUAUACUCUCGUUUUCAUACAGGUAUAUUGACGAACAAAGAAUUGAUCCCCAAUUCUGAACCAUGUGAUGACAUCACCCUCCCAAACACAUUACCACAUACAACCCACCAAUCAGAAAUGAAUAAACUCAUUCGCCAAGUUCUGUUAAUAGCUGGAAAAACAAUAAGCUUCUCUCUCCUAACGCAAAAGGGCACCUUCAGAAAAACCAUACACGGACACUCAGGAAAAAACCUCGUACAACACUUGGCCAUUAACAUUCUGCCAAGAGUUCCAAUAGGCCAGGUCCAGGCUAUCACAAUACCAGGGAACAAAACAAAGGUUAUUAUUACAACAUGUAUACACCCUUUUCAUAAAUGGCUACCGAUUAAAAGUUCUUUUAUGUGCAUAUAAAUUGGCCCAACUAGCCUCGUACUCAUGUUAAGAUUUCAAAGGAAUUUCUACCCAGAAACCAGGCUAGUUGUCCCAAUUUAUAUGCAUAUAAAAAAAUUUUAAUCGGCAGCCAUUUAUGAAAACGGUUUAUAGUCUACAUACCUUAUCCAAAAAGUGUCAGCGGCACUUAAAACAGCGUAACAGUAAUUAUACGCAGCUCCGCAUCAAUACCACUGCGGCCUAUGUAUUAAUAAUAAAUUGCCUAAUUGGGACAUUCCUUAAAAUUCACCUUCACAUACUUAAUAAAAAUGUUGUGUUUUUAGUCUUACAAUUCACAUACAUGUUAUGGUAUUGACUCUUCAACACCGUUCCAAAUAAUACAUCUACUCGUUUUAACAAAUUUAAAUCAUCUACUCGUUUUAACAAAUUAACAGGUGUAUUUCUUUGUGAAAGAGGACUCGCCAGAGGAUCAUAGAAGUGAGGCAAGCACUGAUCUAAUUCGUCACCUGGCGAAGAUAGGCAUUGAUAUCAAUGAAUAUACCGACGCCUUCAACACCAACAACAGCGAAAGGUUAGCAUAACAUCCCAAAAAAAUAAUAUGCCUUAAAUAUAUUAUUAAAAGUAUAUAAUUUAUUACUUGUUUUUAUUUUUGAAGGAUAUAUACAAGGUUAAUUUUAUUAAUUUUGUUACGUUUCGGACAUUUUAAAUGUCCGUCUUCAAGCGACAACUGUUCUUAACGUUCACAACUGUUGUUAGCGUUCAACGUUAACAACAGUUGUCGCCUGAAGACAGACAUUGAAAAUGUCCGAAACGUUGCAAAUUUAAUCUAAUUAACUUUGUAUGUAUCCUUCAAAAACUAAAACAAGUAAUAAAUUAUGAACAACAAAGGUGAAAGUUUUGGUUAUUAAAAUAUCUGACCGCCAUUUUGUUUGUUUUGGGAAAAUCAUUAAUUGUACUGUAGCACAAUUAAUGAAAUAAUUGUACCCCUCUCAACCAAUCAGCAUCCAAUUUUGUCAUCCUAAUAAUAAGUCCACUAAUUUUCAAUUCAUUAUGCAUUACUCAAAUUAAAAUAGCUGAAUUUAACCAUCAUUUAACAAACAUGUUUUUACAUUAUUUCCUACAAGUACACCGUUAAUCUAUAAACCGACCAUUGUUACAACCUAACUCGAAUACUUGUUUGCCACGUGUUUGUAUAGUGUAUCAACCCAACAGUGCUAGUCUCCGUAGCACCUAGCCUGCAUAGCAGGCGGUUUUACUGGUAGUCUUCCUCGCAGCUAGCCUGCGUGGCAGGCGGUUUUUAGGUAGGCGAACUCGCAGCCUGCUUCCGAGUUCACUCUUUGCCUUGCUGCUUAUGUAGGUGGGGUGCGAGGAAAGGAGUGAACCCACGAACAGGCUGCGAGGGAGACUACAACACUAUGCCUACUCCCUUUUUCUAAACAUAAAUUUCUACACUUGUAUCAUUGCAGCAAAAAACACUUGGCAGAGUACCUGGCGAAGACGGACCUUGCUCACAAUUCACAUUCACCUUCAAAACGGCCAAGAACAGACACAUUAUGA